CCCCACUCCAGCUUCACUCUCCGCCCGUCACUUCUUUCUAGACACCCUGCAAACUCGCGCUCCCCACCAACAUUUACUGCAGUUCUUGCUGGUUCUUCUUCAUUUAUUUCAGCUUAUAUACCAUCCAAGUCUACUGUCAAUUCCCCCUUAUCACCUCACUUAACUCGUCACAUUGGCCUAGUGUCUGUUUUCACAAUGCCUGACGUCAAAAGAAAUAUCAGACUGGUCACAGAACAGCAUGUUGUGAACAAAGACUCUGGCGUUGAAGGGUUCCCUCUUCGAGCGUGGUCGAUUGAGAUUUACCUGCUCAAUGAACACGGUGAGCAGGUGCCUGCAACUGUCUUCGAUAAGGUCGUGUAUUCGUUGCAUCCUAGUUUCGGUGAUAGGUAUAAGCAGACCUUCAAGAACCCUCCUUUCAGGAUCGCGGAGGAAGGAUGGGGUGAAUUUGACAUGCAGAUCAGCUUGUUCGCUGACAAGGAACAUUCCGUGACGCACGAUCUCAACUUUGCCCAAACACGCUACGAGUCUAAGCAUCCUAUUACGUUCAAAAACCCCAAGCCUGCCUUGCUGGCUGCUCUCCGUGAAUCGGGGCCUGUACCGGGAGAUGAAAACGGGGUGAAGGCGAAGCGUUCGGCGGGAGCCGAUGAAGGGUCCAAGAAGAAGAAGCGGACGGAGAAGAACGUCGACAUGGAUAAGCUGGCCGACGGCCUCCAGAGACUCGGCGAGGACGACCUUCUCCAGGUGGUGCAGAUGGUCCACGACAACAAAGCACCAGACUCAUAUACCAAGAAUGACGUUGAGCAGGGAGAAUUCCACGUCGAUCUCUACACCCUACCAGACGCCUUAAUCAAAAUGCUGUGGGAAUUUACGCAAGAAAAGGGAGCUCUGUAAGCGCUGGAAAAGGGGGCCAUAAAGCUUGGAUAUACUCUUGCAUCGAACUCCUCUUGAUCUAUGUUCACGUCCUUUUUUUUUCCCUUAUGAAAACGCCGUCUCCAUAAUACCUUUUUCUUUUCCUCUUCUUCCUCUCUUCCUGUUCUAUUUCAAACUCAGACUCUAUUCUAUCUCCAACAUCCUCUCGACCUUCUUCAUCGUCAUUAAUGUUAUCUUGUUCCAUCCCUCUCCCUCUUCCAUCUCUCUCUCUUGAUUCCAACUCCCUCCUCGUUCUGUUCUGUUUUGAUUCUCUCCACCUCUUUCUUAAGAUGUAUCCACCCGGAUCAUCCGGAUCUGUGUCUCUACGGUAGUCUUCGGGGCUGUUUCUGUUCAAGUAUUCGUACAGGUUCUUUUCUUUUCUGAAAGUCAUGCAUGCACCGCACUCUUUUUGUUUCUUUAUUCUGCAGCUGGAGAA